CAGCAGCCAGCAUUGAGGCUUCCAGACUCGGUGACUUGAGACUCUCCAUGCCUCACCCCCACCUGCACCAGGCCAUGACUUCAAGUGCAAAGCCCGCUCCUCUGUCGCUCCGUGGAGAUGCUAGCGCAGCAGAGGAAAGUCGGGACACGGUGGCAGACAGCAACCUCUGCAGACAGUAUGAAGAGCGGGUGCGGCCCUGCAUAGACCUCAUCGACUCCCUGCGGGCCCUGGGCGUGGAGAAGGACCUGGCCCUGCCGGCCAUCGCCGUCAUCGGGGACCAGAGCUCGGGCAAGAGCUCGGUGCUGGAGGCCCUGUCGGGAGUGGCCCUACCCAGGGGCAGCGGCAUCGUGACCAGGUGCCCCCUGGUGCUGCGGCUGAAGAAGCUGAGGCAGGAGGAGCCGUGGAGGGCCAAGAUCAGCUACCACAACAACGAAGUGGAGAUCACCGACGCUGCCCACGUGGAAAAGGAAAUCAACAAAGCCCAGAUGGUCAUUGCCGGGCACGGGGUGGGCAUCAGCGAUGAGCUCAUUAAUCUGGAGGUCAGCGCCCCACACGUACCAGACCUGACCCUGAUCGACCUUCCCGGCAUCACCAGGGUGGCUGUGGGCAGUCAGCCCGCUGACAUCGGGCACCAGAUCAAGCGCCUCAUCAGGACGUACAUCCAGAAGCAGGAGACCAUCAACCUGGUGGUGGUGCCCUGCAACGUGGACAUCGCCACCACGGAGGCCCUGAGCAUGGCCCAGGAAGUGGACCCUGAGGGAGACAGGACCAUAGGGAUCCUGACCAAGCCCGACCUGGUAGACAAAGGGACGGAAGACAAGGUGGUCGACGUGGUGCACAACCUCGUGUGCCACCUGAAGAAGGGCUACAUGGUCGUCAAGUGCCGGGGCCAGCAGGACAUCCUGAACCACACCAGCCCGGCCGAGGCCCUGCAGAAGGAGCGCGCCUUCUUUGAGGAUCACCCCCAUUUCAGGGCUCUGCUGGAGGAUGGGAAGGCCACGGUGCCCUGCCUGGCGGGAAGGCUGACCUCUGAGCUCAUCGCUCACAUCUGUAAAUCUCUGCCACUAUUGGAGGAACAAAUAAAGGAAAAUCAUCAAAGAAUAACAGAGGAAUUACAAAAGUACGGCAUAGACAUACCAGAUGAUGAAAAUGAGAAAACUUUCUACCUGAUAGAAAAACUCAAUGCAUUUAACCGGGACAUCACUGCUUUGAUGGAAGGAGAGGAAAUGGUGAAGGACCAAAAUACCCGGCUAUUUACCAAACUCCGGAAUGAGUUCCGAGAAUGGAGUACUAGGAUUGAAAAUAAUUUCAAAAAAGGUUUUGACACUUUGCAUAAGAAAAUCUGGGCCUAUGAGCAGCAGUACCGAGGCCGAGAGCUGCCGGGGUUUAUCAACUAUAGGAUGUUUGAGUCCAUCACGAAAGAGCAGAUCAAAGGCCUGGAGGGGCCGGCCGUGGACAUGAUGUAUAAGAUCAGCGAUUUGGUCUGUUGCGCCUUCACCAAGGUUUCUGAUGAGACUUUCGACAAGUUUUUCAACCUCCACCGAACGACCAAGAACAAAAUUGAAGACAUCAGAGUGGAGCAGGAGAACGCGGCCGAGGAGUGCAUUCGACUGCACUUCCGCAUGGAGCAGAUCGUCUACUGCCAGGACCACGUGUACAGGGAGGCGCUGAGGAGGGUCAAGGAGGAGGACGGGGAGGAGGAGGACGAGGACGAUCACAGGAGGAAACCAAAGCACCUGAACGAUCACGCUACGAAGAACUCCGCUAUGGCUGAAAUUUUACAGCACCUGAGAGCCUACCACCAGGACGCCCACAACCGCCUGGCGAGCCACAUCCCGCUGGCCAUCCAGUACUUCGUGCUGCAGACGUUCGGCCAGCGGCUGCAGAAGUCCGUCCUGCUGCUGCUGCAGGACAGGGAGUCCUUCGGCUGGCUCCUGCGCGAGUGCAGCGACACCAGCGAGAAGAGGAAGAACCUGAAGGAAAAGCUGGCCCGCCUGGCCAAGGCUCGAGCCCGGCUGGCCAGAUUCCCCGGCUGAGCGGCCGCCGCGGGGGGAGACGGCCCGACGCUCGCUCCACGGCAGUCGGUAGUCAGACUGUGGGGGCCAGAUGUCCCCAGCCUCCCGGGAGACACGGACGGGGCU